AUGACUGUCCUUGGGCUGAACGAGCGAACUGUAAAGCUACUUUUACCUUCCCGAGCCAAGUACAGGCACAUGUCAGAAAGCCAAGGUGCCGCCCAGGAACAUGCAAAGGUAGCGCACGAGAACAUUCGCUAUCCUUGCCCGCUUGCGAAAGAGAACAAUUACGAGUUGGUUUUCCGUAGCAAAACCGCAGCGAACAUUCAUGCAAGCUCAGCACACGAAAACCGUCGAUUUCCGUGCCCUCAAGCUGAUGAGCACCAUUGCCUCAAAACGUUCGCGUCUAAGCAGGAUGCAAAGAAGCACUCACUUAAGCACAUGGGGAUCAGGUUUCCAUGCCCUCAAGCCGACAAGUAUAGCUGUCCCAAAACGUUCAUAUCCAAACGCGACGCAAAGGAGCAUUUACGGGUACACUCGGCGGCCAAGCUUAGAUGCCCUGUUGCGGAAGAAUAUGGGUGCGAUUCAGUUUUCACUUGGCCAAAGGAAGCUCGGAGACACGCGAAAAUUCAUACUCACCAUUACAUCUGUCCACGUACUGGUUGUCAUGAACGAUUUCAAUCCUCUGAUGACGCUCUGUUACAUGCGGAAGACCCAAAUCACCGACAUAUCAGACUCUUUCUAUGCCCCACCCAGACGUGCCGGUCAGCCGUGACCGGCAAGCGAUUGACUCUGAGCGAGGUAGAGAGACAUCGAGAGUUACAUGUCCGCCUCGGGCAUAUCAAUGAAUCUGCGGAUUUCAUCGCGCCACCAGCGAGCCAGCUUCCAAUGCGCAGCGACAUGCCCUUAUACUCGCUCAUUCUCCAGCACAGCAGCCUUUAUUCAGCGAAGAAAACUCAACAAAAUGAGUCAUCCCUGGGCAUUUGUGAAACUGAGGGCGAUUCCGAUCACGAGGUCAAUUUCGAGGACAUCUCCGAUGCAAGCGAUUGCGAUGGUGAAAUAAAAGAAGAGUCCUUCUCAGAAGAAGAAUUACAUGAAUUUGAAAGUGGCAUUCUUACUAAGGAACAUCGCCUGCGGAUUCUUGAACAGAACACUACAAUCUGGAAACCCUCUCGAAAGCCCGAGACGGGGACCUCUGUUUGCGCGGCAAAGGGCUGCGAGGGGCUCUCCUUCUAUGGAUACGACUUCUGCUCUGACCACCUCUCUUAUUUGCUCUUGAAUAAUUCUAUGGCUAUGGCAAGGCCAAACCCCAACAUGGAGCUGUUGAACGAAAUAUUCAACUCUGCGACUCGAAGCGAGUGGACGUUCCAGCCUCCGUAUAAUAUCGUGCGCAGCCGAAUGGAUGAGAUUUUACGAGGCAGGCGGCCUGAUAUAAUUACGCACAACACAAAGACACUUCCAUUCUGGAGUCACAUUGCCAGGUCUAAAGCGAAAGCGGUUUUUUCAUCAACCCGAAAAGACAUUAGCCACAUGGAUGUUCACGAAGUUGCCUUGAAAAUUCAACAAGUAGGAAUCACCCAAGACACAAUCAUCCUAGUUUAUCACACAUCCACCUUCGACCUGACGCUCCUUCGACAGUUCUUGGAGUCAGCUGGGUAUUUUGGUGUUCUGCCACCAGACAAGAACUGCAUACCCAUGGUCAAUAUUCUUCGCCCGCAUCUAUCAAAACGGUUGCCAUCAGGCAGGUUAUUUCCUCUGAGGCUGGAUGUACUUUUCACCCUCAUGUACCCUCGACAUGGCUUGGUUGGGUUAAAUCACCAAGCGAUAGUUGAUUGUCAACAGACGCGACUUGUGUGCAUGGCCUAUGAAGAACUCUGCAGACCUAUUGCGGAGCGAGGUCGGGAAUGGCAACCAGAUAUGGUUGCACCGUCUACACAGACGUGCAUCCUCGACUGGCUCACGCGCAGAGAUGGCGCCGGCGACAGCAAGCGGCUGGAGGCGGAGAUGCGGGACUUGCGAGAGCUGCGGGAGGAGCUGCGGUCGCCGCGUCUUGGGGGACCUGAGGUUCGGUUGGCAAUUCCAACUUUUUCUGGCAGUCUCUUCAGCUUUUCACAGUUUCAUUUCGAAUAUACUAAGGUGAAACGCAACCUAACGUGCCGCGGCCUCCGUCUCGGGCCUAGAGAUGAAGACACGUCUCUAAUGGGGAGUGCACAAUCUCUCCUGGCCAUGCCGGAAUCCCCAUGGUACUUGCUCGGCCUUAUGCGAGAAAUUGUAGAGAACCAAGACCUUGCGUCCAACUUCAUGUCCAAGACACGCACCUGGUAUAUAUCCUAUCUCUCCUACAUUCUACUUAAGACGCCUAGUGAAAGCUUAUCUAGCUAA